AUGACGCAGGAGGAGGUGCGAGCACGGGUUGGGGCCUCACACGGUAUCACCGACCUGGCCCGCAAACUCCAAUUCUAUGACGACUGGGCCCCAGACUACGACCAGGAUGUGGCCACGCUGCAGUACCGUGCCCCCCACCUCGCAGUGGAAUGCCUCACCCAAGCCCUUCCAGGUCUGCCCCACACUUCCCUGAUCCUGGAUGUGGCCUGUGGCACCGGCCUGGUGGCUGCUGAGCUACAGGUUCGGGGCUUCCUCCAGCUGCAUGGAAUAGAUGGGAGUCCCAGGAUGCUGGAACAGGCUCAAGCCCGUGGCCUCUACCAGAGCCUCAGCCUCUGCACCCUGGGCCAGGAGCCUCUGCCCAGCCCUGACGGGACCUUUGAUGCAGUGCUAAUAGUGGGUGCCCUCAGCGAUGGCCAAGUGCCCUGCAGUGCGGUGCCUGAGCUCCUGCGUGUCGCCAAGCCAGGUGGGCUGGUAUGUCUGACCACCAGGACCAACCCAUCCAACCUUCACUUUAAGGAAGCACUGGAGGCCACCCUGGACAGGCUGGAGCAGGCCGGGGCAUGGAAACGUCUGGUGGCCUGGCCGUGGAUCAGUGGGAACUGGCCACCUCUGAACACGAGGUGGUGUCUGGUACCUCUGCCAACGACGCCUUCAUCUCAGGCAUCGUCUAUCUGUACCGAAAGCAGGAGGCAGCCCAGGCCAAGGAGACACGACCCAACCCCCAGACCCUGCAGAACCUGUGACUCUCUAUGUCAUACCCACCACUGGGCCUCUCUGAGAAAUGGAAAGGCUGACAGAGAGGGCUCCCACCCCAAGACACUCUGA